AUGACAUGUUAUCAAAAGGGAGAAUUCAUAUUGAUAAUCGCAAAAAGUUCGUUAAAAAUUCAAACUGAUUUAAAAAUUUUAGUUGGUCAAAAAAUGACCUUGAACGAGACGAAAAUAGAACAGAUAGAAGUUUCAAGUUAUAUUGAUACCGUCCGACAAUUGGAUAUUUAUUACGGAAUUGUAAAAAGGCAAUUACUUCAAUUUCAAAGUGCAACAACUGGUCUUUUUCCUCCUGUUUCUCACGAUGUCAAAGAAGGAAGUAUUAAAGACAGUAUAUAUUGUGCUGCAGCCAUUUGGAGUUUAUAUCAGGCUUACAGAAGAAUCGAUGAUGAUCAAGGAAAAUCAUAUGAACUCGGUCAAUCAGCUGUCAAAUGUAUGAGAGGAAUACUUCAAUGUUGGAUAAAACAGGCACAUAAAAUUGAAUUGUUUAAAAAGAAACAAUGUAAUGCUCAUUCUUUGCACAGCAAGUUUCAUUUAGUCACAGGAGAUGAAAUAUGUUCUGAAACAUAUCCAAAUUUACAAAUAAAUGUUGUUUCAUUGUUUUUGCUUUAUCUCGUACAAAUGAUAUCAUCUGGAUUACAAAUUAUUUACACUCAAGAUGAAGUCGCUUUCAUUCAAAACUUAGUUUAUUAUGUUGAAAGAGCUUACAGAACUCCAGAUUUUGGAAUAUGGGAAAGAGGAACUAAAUAUAACAAUGGUACCCCAGAAAUCCAUGCAAGUUCCAUUGGUGUUGCUAAAAGUGCCUUAGAAGCUAUAAACGGAUGUAACUUAUUCGGUGAACAAGGUGCUUCAUGGUCUGUAAUUUAUGUCGAUAUUGAUGCUCAUAAUAGAAAUCGUAGUAUAUUUUACACAAUGUUGCCAAGAGAAUCUAGUUCUAAAGAAGUUGAUGCUGCAUUACUAAGUACAAUUUCUUAUCCAGCUUUUGCUACUCACCAACAGAAUCUAGUAUCUGAAACGAUGAAAAAUGUCAUUUCUAAAUUGAAGGGAAAAUACGGUUUUAAACGAUUCUUACGUGACGGUUAUAAAACAGAAAUUGAAAAUUUACAAAGGCAGUUUUAUCUGGAAGGAGAAACCAAAGAAUUUGAAAAUAUUGAAAAUGAAUGGCCAAUAUUUUUUAUCUUUAUGAUAAUUGAUGGUAUUUUUAAAAAUUUACCAGAUCAAGUUGAGGAGUAUCGACAACUUCUUAAAUUACGAAUUCAAACUGAUAGCCAUGGAGAUCCUAUUAUUCCAAUGUACUAUUAUGUAAAGCACAGCGAUAUUGAAAGUGAGAGGUCGCAACCAGGUACGACUAGUAAACAUGCUAGUUUUAUAGGGAGUUCAAUUGGAGGUUUGUUUUUAUGGGCGCAAGCUAUGUAUCUUAUAUCUCAAUUAUUAAUCGAUGGCUUGCUUCACGUUAAUGAACUGGACCCUAUUCGGCGGCAUCAACCUUCGCACAGUAGACCCCGUAAAGGUGGAAGAUAUUCUGUUUUUCAAGGAACAGCAACAGAUCUUGUAGUCCAAAUUAUCCUAAUAGCCGAGUCAAUGAGACUUCAAGCUAUGAUGGCUACUUAUGGAAUUCAAACUCAAACUCCUCACCAAGUAGAACCCGUUCAAAUUUGGUCUUCUUCUCAGUUGGUGAAAAUCUAUGAAAAUUUGGGAGUAAAUUCAAAAUUGAAUUUAAAAGGGAGGCCGGGUAGACCUAUAGGAGCAUUGGGAACUAGCAAAGUUUAUAGAAUUUGUGGAAUAACCGUUUUAUGCUAUCCGCUGGUUUUCGAAGUGUCGGAAUUUUAUUUGUACAGAGACAUGGCUUUAUUGAUAGACGAUAUUAAAACCGAACUUCAAUUUGUUGCCAAUAAUUGGCGGUUAUCGGGUAGACCCACCGUUUGUUUAUUAAUUAGAGAAGAACACAUGCGAGAUCCUCAUUUUAAAAAAAUGUUAGACCUCAUGGCCAUGCUUAAACGGGGUUAUUGUGAAGGAACCAAAAUUCGUAUCGGUCGUUUGCAAAAUUUAAUUUCUUCCUCGUGCAUUGAACAUUUGGAUUUCAUGAACGAUUAUAUAUCAUCCGAAAUGAACGUUACUUUUUUUAAAGAAUUAGAACAUGAUUACAUUGGUUAUCAAAGUCUAACGGACGUUCCCAAGAUGGCGACUUAUUCGGAUUCGAAUAUCGUAUUAACGGUUAUCGACAAUCCACAAUUAGAUGAAAUAAUUGAACAAUUUCGGAAUACUUCCGAUUUAAAACUUCGUUGUCAACUCCUCGAUGUUUUACUUAAAAAAAAAGGAGAAGACUAUGUAAUUAAUGAUGUUAAAAUAAAAGAUCAUCUUAAAAAUCUUUAUUAUUUGGCGGGUAAUCGCCAUUGUUGGGAUGUCGUACGGUUUUGCAGUUCGUUAUUAAAGCAUACUGUGGAUAGCAUCAGUCCUUUUAUAACAACCGUUUUGGUUAACGGAAAACAGUUGACGGUGGGAGUGAUCGGACGGGAAGAAAUCGUUAUUGACAAACCAAUGAUUCCUGCCGAAAUUCAUUCGGUUAUGUAUAACCGUGUACAACCUUACGACAUAAUACAAGCAGUGCUUCAACAAGAAGCUGUCCUAUACUGUGGGCGACUAAUCGGGACAGAACCACAAGUUUUUAAAGGAAUUCUUAAAAUUAGAAUCGGUUGGAUGUUGGAAGCGAUUAAAUUAUAUUUAAGAAAAAAAGAAGUCGAUUCCAGACCUUUAGAAUGUAGGAGUCCCUACGAAUUACGUCAACUCAUUUAUAAAAUUUUAUCUUUGAAAAAAUGGGCAUCUGAAAACACGUUGAGUCCUUUGGAAAGAAGACAAUUGGAAGGUUGCUUGUAUCGAGUACCUUCAAAAUUUUAUUCUCAAGUUUGGGAUGUCCUGAGUAGGACUCCAUGCGGUUUUUGUGCUGGAGGAAAAUUAUUUUCGCAACAACCAAUUUUAUCAAAUUUGGGUAGAUCUGAAUUGAGCUUUGCUCUCCUGAUCGAAGAAACUAUAAAUCAUAUAAGUCAACCAGAAUACAGGCAAAUCAUUGUAGAGCUUUUGACCAUUUUAUCAACAAUAUUAUCUCGUAACCCCGAAUUGGUUUUUCAAACUCAAUUAAAUUUGGAUCAUUUGGUUUCCGAAGCAUUUCAUAUGUUUAAUAAGGACAAUCAUUCUACGCUCGGUAUUGAAAAAUUUUUCGAUGCUCCAUAUUCUGUUACUACGAGUUAUUUAGCAAGAGCUGUGGUUAAUAACGUAUUACAAGGAUUUGCUUUUUUAACCGUACCUGAAUCUGAUCAAAAAGCUUAUGAUCAUUGUAGGAUUAUGAAAAAGUACAGCCGCGUAAUGAUUGAAUCAUUUAUUGGUUCAAGUAAACACCUCCAGAUGACGUUGUCGUAUGCAUUGAUCGCCAGGAGUUUUAAUGACGUCACGAAUCACACCACUUUCAAGGCUUGUCAUUGGACAAUUUUUACCUAUCUGAAAAUAAACGAAUAUCGUUUUAAGUAA